UCUAUGAUUCGCUUUGCUGUCACGCCCAGUUACUUCAAGCCCGCAACGAACCCCACACACUCAUAUACACGCGACCCUAUAUACAACAGAGACAUAGCAUAACACGCGCACAAAUAUAUCGUUUAUCCACACAAAUACAGUAGCAACGGCGUUAAUACCCAUAGUUCACGACGAACAAUGAUCAUUCGGUCCUCUUUUCAAUUAAUAUAACUCUUUCAAAUAUCUUCUUACUACUACAACCAUUUUCUACCUUUUACCCCCACCAUCAUAAUGCCUCCAUCCACCUUUAAUCCACGACGUCCGCCGUCAACGUCUUCAACACGGUUACCGCUUCACCAUCAGCGGCACCACCACCAUCCAUACAAAUCGUCAACAACAGCAACCGUAACCACCUUCGCAUCGCGAUUCCUUCAUAAGCGAUGGAUACUUCGGCUCGUAUUAGCAACUGGCUUCCUGUACUUUCUAUGCCAACAAUUCAGCUUAUUUAGCACCUCCAACAGCAUUACAGCAACCGGCAAGAAGCUGGACCUGACGUUUCCGGAAUUAGCAGUGGCGAAACGCACCAAGCUAACGACGCAAGGUGACCGGAUACCGAAAAUUGUCCAUUUCAUACACGGCCUCAAGGGUCCUGAUCCAACAUUGGAUUUAGCCCACUAUAUUGCCAUCAAGGCAGCCCACGAUGUGAUCCAACCCGACACGAUCUAUCUUCAUUAUCACUAUCAACCCACGGGUGAAUUGUUUGAACGCGCCAAGCCCAUGCUGACGUUGCGGCAUGUUCCUCUCAUUGAUAACAUAUUUGGUCGUCCGGUGCAACAUUUUGCGCACAGAGCGGAUGUGGUUCGGUUAGAAGCGUUGAGAGAACUUGGUGGUAUUUAUUUUGAUUUGGAUCUGUUUGCACUCAAGUCAGUGGAUCAUUUAUUGGAUCAAGAGUUUGUCAUGGGACAAGAAGGGAAAGAUGGAUUUGUCGGUCUGUGUAACGCCAUGAUGAUGUCUCGACCCAACUCCCGAUUCCUCCAACGGUACUACAACAGCUACAGGACGUUUGACAUGAGCCAAUGGAAUUAUCAUUCGGUGGUGUUACCUGGCAAGCUAGCCCCACAUUUUCCUGACGAGAUCACUGUGUUGGGGUACAAGGCAUUCUUUUGGCCGUUGUGGGACACGAUUGGAUUACGAACCAUGUAUUUGGAAAAAUCCUAUGACUUUGCCGAAAAUCUGGGCACGCAUAUCUGGGAAUCGCCUGCGAAAAAACAUUUGAUGCAAGACCUGACGGAGGAAACCGUCUUGAAUGUCGACACUAGCUUGUAUUGUAAAAUUCGACCGUAUUUAUUGGAUGGACGACCGGAUCCACGGCAGGACGCGUGUAAGAUUUUAGCACAUACGGAACGGGCUGAUCAAUUAGUGGGACACUGGCCAUUGCAGAAGGACGGCAUUCCGGAAACGAAUCCGAUGCGAGCCGAUGACGUAUCUGGUAACCAAGUUUCUGGGUUGAUCCGAAACGGCAUCUAUGGCAACGACGACGGAGUCCAUUUAAACGGGGAGGACAGUUACAUUUUCAUGGGCUUGCCCACCAACACGUCCUUUCAUACUUUAACGAUCAGUUGGUGGAUGAAGACACAUAGUGACAAGGAAAAUGGCACUGCUGUGGUGAUCCAGACCGAUCGAGCCAAAAUCUAUGUUCGAACAGAAGCACUUAUACCCUCGAUGGUGGCAACAACAAGACCCGCUACCUCCAAUUCAAAUAAUGCAGUGGAUCCAGUAUCGCUCAGUUUAGCCACUGUGUUACUUGAAGAUGACUGGUCAUGGCGUGCGCAACCCGACAUACUCGUUCAUGCCAAUCCAUUUCCAGUCAACCAAGAUGACAAAUAUCAUCAUUUUGUGCUGGUCAUUGAUAGUGAUCCAUCGUAUGUAUUGUCAUCAUCAUCCAAAGACAAGAAAAAGCAACGCUUACAAGAAGACCAAGAUCAAGAAGGAGAACAGCAUGCACAAGCGCUGAAACAUUCGCUUCAUCCAUCACUUGCUUUGUACAUGGAUGGCCACGCCAUUGCCAGCAGCGCCAAUUGGAAGGUCUUGAAAGCCUAUGGUUCGUUUGUACGAGGCGUAUGGUUUGGCUCGUCUGAACCAGAACAUAGCAAUUAUCAAGAUCCAUGGGAUACUUCGAAUAGUUUGAAAGCUUCGUACCGGGAUAUUCAGAUAUGGGAAAGACCGUUGGCGGUGAAGGAAAUACAACAGUUGGCGCCCAUUUCGUUUUCCAAUGCGCCUCAUCAAGAUGAUAAAGUAUCCUCUUUGUCGUCGACACAAGGCGGUUGGAAAGAGGAAGAAGAGGAAGAUAAAGAAAAGGGUGGUUUGCAGGAGCAAGAGCAGGAACAGGAAGAAGAGGGAGAAGAUAUAGAUCAGUUAGAAGACUAGUAAAUCUUUUUUUAAAUAGUUCGCAUCAUGUAUAACGAAUCAAAAAACGCAUAUUAUUCCAACUACUUUUGUUAUCAUCAUUUAUUAUCGACCCUUUCAUGUCGUUCAUAUAAAUAUACAUAUACACAACACAGACAACCUUCUCUUUCUUUUCUUACCGUCUCCCCUUUUAAGCGUGUAAUUGAAUACAAAA